AUGUCCAAAGCUGCGAAAUUCAAUGCCCACGUAUUGAAGAAGCUGCAAAUCGCAGUAAAAAAGGAUCCAGAGAUCGACUUGGCCGAGCAAUUUCCCACCGAUUAUCCGCAACGUCUGGUGGAAAUGAGGGAAUCAAUUGAGAGCUCUCCGAAGAAAACCAAGUUCACUCCCCAGAGUCUUCCCGAAGCUGAUGAAGACAUUAGACGGUCCCUUUGUCCAUCAGACCCGGUCGAAAUUUUAUUCCCCCUCUCAGACGCAGUGGCUGAUUUACUCGAGUCGGUAUCACAAUCUGCGAAGGCUCUGCCUGCCGGACUUUCGCAAAGGCUGUUUGAGGUUCUGCAGAAUAGUGAUGUCCUGUGGAAGGCUCCCUUCGCCCGUCAGAAAGGUGUGUUCAAAUGCUCUGCAGACAUAGUUGUCAAAGCAGUUCGCAACAUGAAACACUACACUGAAUACACUACUUUACAAUAUCUUGACCGUCAUAAGCCAAAUAUUCUAGCACCAAAGCCGCUCGGCUUAGUGCAGGGGGCUCCCCUAGGAGGAAUCGCAGGUGAAGGCUGUCAAGACCUUAGAAGGCAUGUUCGAAUGAGCGAGGCACCUAUCUUCAACCUCGAAGAUUUUGAAACAUUUUUGUUCUCUAGCUCGCACCCGGGCGGCGACGUGUUCGUCAAGUUCCUUCGGCGAUUGUCGCUGUAUUUCACAGCCCAUUCGGGCCCUCGAAUCGUGUUCACGCAUGGAGACCUAAGGCCGGACAAUGUUAUGGUUGAAUUGGCUGAUAACAAUCAGUAUAUGAUAUCUGGAAUACUUGAUUGGGAAUAUAGUGGGUUCUAUCCCGACUAUUAUGAAUCUGUCCGCUGCACAAACUGCCUUAGCCCGUACGAGGAAAAUGACUGGUUUCUAUAUCUGCCAGAAUGUGUCUCACCCAAUAUUUACGCUCAAUGGUGGCUCCUCGAUCGAGUCAGAGAAACCAGAAUUGUAUAA